UAUUAACCAAUCAAUUUGCAGGAUUUCUUGAUGACAAGUUGUUGUUUCAUUUAGUCGUGGUAGCCAAAUUUCUGUUUAAUGUUUCCAAAAUGACUUUUCCCAAAUAACUAGACGAAAAAAGCAUAAGAUCAUCACGAAGAAGUGAGGGAAGUGUUUUUCUUCAACAGGGAGGAAACAGAUUGUUUUCACAAUGACUGGUGAUGAGCCCCCAUACUUAGCUGUUGGCACUGAAGUUAGUGCCAAGUACAGAGGUGCAUUUUGUGAAGCUAAAGUGAAGAAGCUUGUUCGAUCUGUAAAAUGCAAGGUGAUACUGAAAGACUCGCAAAUAUCAAUGAUGGUAACAGAUGAUCAGCUGAAAGGAAUCUUAAAGAUUGGUGAAGUGGUAGAACUAAAGGAUCCAGACUCUGGCCAGAUGGUUAAUGGUACCAUCCACAAGAUGACUGAUUCUAGCAUGUAUACUGUUGUUUUUAAUGACGGAGAUGAAAGAACUCUGCGUAGAACCCAAUUGUGUCUGAAAGGAGAAAAACAUUUUAUUGAAAGUGAGACUUUAGAUAACCUACCCUUAUCCCAUCCAGAACAUUUUGGUACACCAGUCAUGCAUGGAAAGAAGUCAAAGAGAGGCAGAUAUAGUGGAGGAGGAAUGAAUGAGGAUGAAUUAGAUGAAACAAGUUCAGAAGAUGGUAUAUCAAAGAGAGCAAGUUACAAAGGUCGUUUGAAGGACCUGGUUGGCAAGGUGAUGGUUUUAGACUUUGGAGAUAAGAGGAAACAGCAGGCUCCUGUCUUAGUUGUUCUACCAGACGCUCAACCACCUGAUCCAAAGAAAAAAGAUCAUAUAUUGGUCAAAUCAUUCAAGGAUGGAAAAUUUAUAUAUGCACAGAGAAAGGAGUUGAAGGAAUUUGCCAGAGAAGCUGCCAUUAAGAAUGAAGAUAAAGCAUUAAAAGCAGCCUUUGAAAAGACCUUGAUGUAUUAUGACACCCAGGACUUACCGGUCGAUUGGGAUCAUGAUGAAUUACUUGGUACAGAUGAGGAUGAAGAUUUUAAUGAGGAAGAGUUUCAGCCCCUGAAACAGUCAUCAGAUGAUGAACCUAAUGAAGCCAAAGACUGUUUUGUAGCACAGCUUUACAAGUUUAUGGAUGAUAGAGGUACUCCCAUAAAUAAAGCACCUGCUAUAGUUAACAAAGACCUAAAUCUCUACAGACUGUUUAAAGUUGUACAGAAUAUUGGUGGUUAUAAUAAGGUAACCAAUCAGAUGAAAUGGAGAAUGGUUUAUACUAAGAUGAAUCUACCACCAAUUAAUACAGCUUCUCAUCAAAUCAAAAAUGCUUAUAAAAAGUACCUUCAUGCCUUUGAGGAUUUCUACAGAAAGUUAGGAAGUUCUAUGGGAACCAUUAGUCGGCCUGGUAGGAGUAGAAACAACUCUGGACGAGGGAUAGUACAGUUCCGUGGUAAAGACAAACAAGAAGAUAAGGAUUCUGAAAGUGUUACUGAUGAGGUAAAAGAUGAGAAACCCAAAGAAGAGGAAGUUUCACCAACAAAAGAUCGGCAAACUCCAAAAAGAGUAACACGACAAGAUGUUAGUGAGGAUUCAGGCAAGAAAGAAAGUCAAGCAGAUGCAAAGAAAGCAGUCAAAAAGGAAGAACCAGAAGAUAGUAAGAAGAAAACAAAUAAGAAAGAGGAAAAUGAAAGCAAAAAAGAAGUUGAAACAAAGAAAAAUCAAAAGAAAGAGGAAGUGGAUGUUAAAAAAGGCAAGGAGGAAGAGGGGAAGAAAGGAAAAGAAGAAAAUGAGGCAAAGAAAGAGAAAGAAGAAAAGACUAUCAAAAAGGAAGAUGAGAAAAAAGCUAAGAAAGAAGAAAAUGUAAAUAAAAAAGCUGCCAAAAAUGAGGAUUCAAAGAAAGAAAAGAAAGAAGAAAUUGUCUUGAAGAAAGCAAAAAUUGUGGUGAAAAAGGAAAAGGAUGAUACAACAAAAGUAAAGAAAGAAACUGAAACAGAAGGGGUGGAGAAAAAGACCGCCAAUCUAACAGCUGAUAAAAAGACUGCUCAACCUGCUGAAAAGAAAACUGCUUCACAGGCAGCUGAUAAAAAGGCUGCUCAACAAACCCCUGACAAGAAAGUUACUAAAGAGACCAAUGAAAAGAAGACUCCUCAGCAGACCGGGGAUAAGAAGGUAACACAGACUCCUGGAGAAAAAACAAAAGCUGCCACUACGCCAAAAACUGUAGAUGGUGAUGAUAAACCAAAGGGGUCCCCAAAAAAGCUUGUCCGAAGGCGAUCUAUGAGAAAAGAUGAAGUUAAAGAAGAAACCACUGCAGCAGCGACAGCUAAACUUGUGAUGCAGAAAGAGGUCAAGGUUAAUCUUAUUAAAAAAGAUUUCAAACCAGCAGAAGUCAUUAAAAGAAUCAAAAAGCCGAAGGUUGAAGGUCAAACUGAUGAGAAGGAAAAGAAAAGUGUUAGUCAGAAAGAUACACAUAACUGUCCAAUGGGAUCACGUCUGAAGGUCAGAUAUGGUGGAGGUCAGACACAAAAGAUUUAUGAUGCCAAGGUUGUAGAGGCAAAGAAUGAUGGUUCAGGAUUACAGUAUUUAGUUCACUAUGCAGGCUGGAAUAAUCGAUAUGAUGAAUGGAUUCAGCCAGAGAGAAUAGUCAGUAUUGUAGAGAAACCAGCUUCAGAUCUGGUUGUCAAGAAAAUUGAGAAGAAGAUGAAAGAUGCCAGUUCACCUAAAACUCAAAAACAAUCUCCAGCUCAACCAGUACUUACACCUCAACAACAGGUGAUAAAGAAAAGAGCUCGCUCAGGACCAACAGAAUCACCAUCAUCAAGUCCUGCCAGGUCUGAGAAAGCUAGGUCCCCAGCUUCCAGUGUUGUUGGUUCAGACAAGAAAAAGUCCAGGCCUACAAGGUCAAACAGUGUAGAGUUCAAAUUCUUAGAAGGAUUACAAGUAAAGCACAAGAGGACACGAAGAAAUUCUGGUGUAACUGAAUCUUCAGAUAUUAUCUCACAUGCUUCCUUCACUGAUGACACAGACAAUUCGGAUGAAGAAACAGACAAGGCAGAGGAAAUGGAGUCAUCUGACUGUCAAUCAAUAACUGAGCCGUCUAAACCUGUUAUAUCAGAUAGUGAAUCAAAGUCGAAAGAAGAAACAAAUUCAGAAGAAAACGAGGAUAAAGGGUCAGUAGACAUUGUGGAAGUUAAGGUUAUGUAUGAUGGCGACUCCCCUGUUAAUGUGGAAUCGGAAGAGUGUGACAAUAAAAAUAAUGAAGACAGUGAGGAAAUAGAUGAGCCUAAAAUAGAACCUGAGAUUGCAGUGCAGUCAGAGGAAAAGCCAUUGGAAUUGGUAAGCAAGGAUAUAUCUGAAAGUGUGAAUACCACAGAACAGGAAGUUACUGAGAAUAAAUUGCCAGAGAUUCCCGAAGUUAAGGAUGUUCCUAUAGUGGAAGUUGUUUCAGAUGUUGUGGAGAGUAAGUCUGAUUGUAAACAAGAAGAGCUUGUUAAGACAGAGGAAGAGAAGGAAGAGGAGAGUGUUGACAUUAAAUGUAAUGAGGACUCCUCAAGUCUUGAUAGAUACGAAUUCAAAGACGAGGAGGAGGAAAUCAGUUUACCAGAAUGGAAGGCUGAAAGACAUGUGGAGUCUGAGGAUUGGAAACCAAGAGAACGUGGAAGACCAAGAAAAGCUCAGGGUAAAGAUAAAAUUGAACAGAAGAAGGAACAGCCUACAAGAGAAAAGAAAGAAGUGAAGAAGACUAAAAUGACAAUGGCUGAGAGGAAAUAUAUGGGACAGAAUCCCCCAUCAAUGGCUGACUUGGAACCACCAGUGAAGAAAAUGAAGGAAGAAGAAAUUGUGGAAAAGCCAGAGGUCAAAGACACCAAUGAUGAAGAUACGGAGGAAGACAAUGAAAUGGAGAAGAAAAAAGUGAAAAAGAAAACAAAGAAGAAAGAAACUUUUGAUAGUGAUAGUAGUGAUAUAGAUCAUAAAAAAGUCAAAACCUCCAACAAACCGGUGACAAAAUCAAAAAAGAGGUUGAAGGAUACUGAUGACCUUGAUAGAAGGUCGCUCAUGUCCGAUGACGAUUCUAGUGUUACAAGUGAAAAGUGUGACACAGACAAUCCUUCUGUUUCGUCAGAAGUUACUAAUUCAAAUACUGUGAUAAAUACUAAUGAAUCCAAAACUAGUGCUGACACUAUAGAAAUCUCUGAGCAAACAGACACUGCUACCACAGGUGCGUUUGAAAAUACUCCCCCUACAUCCCCAGAGCAAGAAACAAACACAUGUGACAUUCAAUCUCAAGAUCAUUCCCAUGAUUCUCAUAAAAACAUUGUUGUCAUGUCAACGGAACAACAUCAGUAUGAAUCUCAGGCAGGCAACACUAGUCCGUCUUCGUCAAACGAAGGCAGUGUUGGUAGUGGUAACGUAGCUGGAUCAGACAGUAGUGCUGAUGCUGUCAUACUGGGCAAGAGGAAGAAAGAAUCUGAGGAGGUUACUCCAGCCAAAAAGAAGAGGCGAGGAAAAUCAAAGUCGACUGGAGAAAAGAAAUCAAAGGCUAAUGGAAGUGAUAGUGAUGAAAGCUACAAUCAAACUUCCGGAUCCUCAUCUCCUACCAAAUCCCGUCCACGUUCUCCUAGAACGCCAAAAUAUAAUCUCAAUCUAGAGGAAGGCAAAUACUUAGAAGGAGAAGAGAGAAUUACUUUCCUUAUGGAAAAAGCACAGGAAAUACGCAAAAUCUAUAUGGACUUGAAAGCUGAAGUAGCAACGAUUGAUAGGCGAAGGAAACGAGCCAAACGCAAAGACAGAGAGAGUUACCAAGGAACAGAUCAGGAACAUGUGUAGCAUUAAGUCACAUGACACUGAAAGUAUUAGGUCAGCUGACCAAGCAGCAUUGGUGCAUAAUAGAUGAUCAUUUCUAAGGGUAUCUUCCAUGAGAAAUACUUGUUUUGUUAUUGAUGGACAGCAUUAUGAAGUAUUUUUUUAAAGAGUUAUGUAUAAAAUAGUUUAAAAGGCAUGAGUUCAGGAUUAUUUAUUUUGGAAGGGUUGGGCAUGAAAACAUAACUAUUUGCAAUAUAAACAUUUGAUUUUUGUCAGAUGUAUAAAACCUGAUCAGGUUUACUAAAAUGGAGAAUCUAGUUCAUGAUUUUAAUGUGUUUGCAUCAUAUAGACAUAUUUAUUGCAAAAUGAAAAACUUCAGUUCAAACUAAUUGUCUGCAUUUUUUAUUUCAUGCAGUAAAACUGUAAGCUUAUUGCUGGAUUUUUUUAUUAAUACAGCAUGUAGUGUAUGAAACCAUUAAUUUAUGACUGAUAUCUGUUUGUAUGUUUUUAACAUUAUUUUUAAAUAUAAAAUAAACCAGGUAGAAGGUAUCGAUCGGUCUGUGAUACACAUUUUUGUAAUCCUGGUAAAUUUUAUCUAUCAAAAAAGCCAAAUAUUUGCUUCUUUUUGCAGAAAAGUUGCAUUUUUCUUUUUCAAAGUCUUUACUGCCUAUGGUCACAGGUUGUUACAAAAGGGUUUAAUCAGUAGAUCUAUAUUAUUCAAGCACUGAAAGACGCUUUGCACUUUGCGUUUGGUCAAUAUCUUUUCAAAAUUUUAAGUAAUGGCAUGUUAAGCUAUGCAUUCCUGUGUAUUAUUUAUUGGAAUAGCCUUUUGGAGAAAAUUAUAAAUUAUAAUAUAUAUAUAUAAAUGAAGAACAGGUCUGUUGUUUGAUGUACUAAACAUUUUAUAAGGUUGUGCAGAAAUACUUUGUUUGGGCAUAAAAUUUGUUUGUUGUUGGUUAAACAAUUCUGUAAAGAGAUCAGGACUGUUUCUAAAAAGAAAUUUCAAUAGAAUACUGAAAUAGUUGUUAACAAAUAUUUUUUCCCAUUAUAAUUUUGUGAAAAGGGCUGUAGAUUGGCUUUAUGUCUGAAAACAAUAAUCAUCAAUUAUUGAAUUAAAUUAGGGAAUAUUGUUGCACCUAUCUGUUAAGUAAUGUCAAAUUUUAAGAAGCAGUGUUUGAAAGUCGCCUUGCACAUAAAGAAAUGUUUUGUAACUUUUUUAAGAGUGUGUAGAGGGUAAUACUGAAAUACCAAAUAUGGAAAGUUUUGUGAAUGGUCAAACAUUUAUGUUAUUAAAUUACAGUGUAUCACUGUUAUAUACAUGAUAUAUGAUAAAUGUAAACCAACUUAUUUUAGCAUACACUUUAUUUUGGUGACUUAUUGAAAAACAUUGCCUCAAAUUUGUUCUUUCCUGUAUGAAAAUAUCAUGAAAUUUAGAAUUUGACUGAAAUUAUUUGCAACAAAAUUAGCUAGAAACUUUAAUUGAAAAAGAGUAUCUACGGAACAUAGUUGGUUUACAUUUGUGAUUUAUCAUUUAGAAUUUCCAGUCUCAGAAUUUUGUCCAUUUAUUUUUUGCAACCUAGUCAUUGGUUAACGCAAAACAUUUUGUCUUGUCAUUCAUUUAAAUCAUAAUUAUUUUGUUUCCCUGCCAUUUUAUCCAUUCAGUUUUGUUCAGUCAUAUCCAUGGGUAAAUUGAAUGGAACAAUCGUAA